AUGGGUUGGGGAGCACAACAUAUACAACAACAACAACAGCAACAACAUCAGCAGCAACAAGCUCAACAACAGCUUCAGCAACAAUUGAAACACAAAUCACCAACGUCGUCAUCGUCGUCGGUGGCUGCUGCACAUCUUCAACAACAACAUCAACAGCAAAACGCAGCCGCGGUCGCUGCAGCUAUGCAUGCACCACUUAGCACACAUGCAGCUCCGUUGGCGCCACCACCACCUCAUCCUCACACGCACCCGCAUUCGCUUGAUAUGUUGUACUCCCAAAACCGCCAACAACAGCAACAACUCCAUCACUAUCACCAACAUGCACAACAACAACAGCAACAACCGCUUUACCAACAGAGCAGCGUAGGCAGUAACAGCAGCACUGCUAGUCAUGAUCACGGCUUUGGUUCAAAAGGCGCUGGCAACAGUUCAUCAACAACAAAAAACAAUGGCAACGCUUCCAGUGGUGGCAGUAGUAGUAGCUCGUCACGACAUUCUUCGGCAACUUCCAAUACUGCUGCGCAACAGUUGGCUGCAGCAGCCGCAGCAGAAAGUGCAGCCGCUUAUAACUUCCUGUGUGGUUCUGCUGCAGCAGCCGCUGCCGCCGCCGCCACAAUGCUAAGUCCACCACUAAGCGCCAACUCUACAUUAGCCGCCGUCAAUCCAUUCGCCAACCCAUUUGAUUGGUUAGGCGCAAGCACUGCCACGGUGGACAAACAAAUACGUCCUACUCCAGCUGAAAAGCAGGCGCGUGCGGUUGAUGCCAGCCGCUAUAAUAGAGCUUCUCAACAGCAAACGCAGCCACAACAAAACAACAGUGCGUCAGCUGCAACGCCGACAUCAACUUCGGCAGCAGCAGCGGCUGCAGCAGCUGCAAAUGAUUUCAUGUCGCUCUUCAGCGCCGCAGCCGCUGCUGCUGCAGCUGGUGAACACGCUAGUUCACAUCGUAGUUCUUCAAAUGCGUCUGCUGCAUCGGUGGCAAGUUCGACAUCAUCUACAGCGGCGGCGAACGCGAGCAGUAACGCGCAUAAACUUACCACAGCAGCGGCGGCGUCGUCAGCUGCCUUGGCUGCAGCCCAUGCGUCGUCUUUAUUCUCUCCACCCACGGCGGCAGCGGCCAAUGCAUAUCAUUUACAGCCGCCAAGUGCGGCAGUUGCUGCAGCCGCAGUGGCCGCCGGAACACACGGUCUGCCUUCGCCGACAAUAUAUCCGCCAACACCACCACCGUCAACACCCUGGAUACAUCCAUGGUACGCGGGGGGCGAGACGUUUUGAAAUUGACGUGGACGUGCGAUCUAAAUAGAAUCCUAAACACUGAACACUAACGGCGGAACACCCUGUGUUGAAAGUGGUGAGCGUAAGUGUGCGUUGGUGUUGUUUCAAAAUUAACGAACGAAUUAAUUUGUUGCCUACUUUUGAAAGCUGUUUCUACAAAUUGUUUUAUGUUGUGUUUUGUACAUUGACACAUUAUCGAAUAUAUUCACUUCAUAUUGAAAGUGAUCAUAAUUUAGACAAAUUUUUGUAUACCAAUAGUUUCGAUAUUUAACUUAUAUAAUUAGUUGAUACAGCUGUAUAGUAAAAUUUAAAGCUAUACAUACAUUAAGUUAUUUUAUAAAUUAAAAGUGAAGUUUGAGCCUAAACUUCAAAAAUGAUAAAAAUGUACAUCUCCCCAUAAACCAUGCAAAAAUAUUUUGCUGUGUAAAAAAAGAACUGAAUGCAAAUUUAGUAAUAAAAAAUAAAUAUGUGAACUGCAAUGGGUACUAACUCAAACCGGAAUGUUUAUGAUUAUUUGAAAAAAUUAAAAAAAAUAAAAACAAAUAAUCAGAAUUGAACCUAGAACCUAGAAGGUACACUAUAGUUUCGUAAGAUUGACUGUAUAAAUAGCGCAUAGCACCAAAAUUAAUCAUCUAAGCUAGAACAUAAACGUGGAAACUACUGAAAGCGAUUACUAACGGCAACUAGUAAUAACUAUUUAAAUAUUUUCUAGUUGAUAAGACCAAACUAUGUCAGAAAUCAAAUUUCGUUUCAUACAUAAAGAAAAGAGCAAAAUUAAUAUUAGCUAUGUAGAUGUAGAUAUGUAUUUGUCUAUUAAAACAAUUCUUUAAUUUACGAUGGAAAACGCCUACUUAUAAACAAGGUGAACAAAAAAAUCUAAUUACUAAAUUUCGAAAUUUUAAGUGGCUUUGUAUAUAUUGACUGAAGAAGGAAGAAAACGUAAUCAAACUUCCGUAGUAUAUUAGUAAUAUUUAGUUCAUUAACUAAUUUAGCUUAAGUUACAGCAUAUUUAUUAUUUAAUACUGCUAAUUUGGCUAAAAGUUUACAAAAAAAUUGGCAAAUGCUUUUUAAGUCAAACAACUUCCAAACAAAAUGGUAUCGAAUUCGAGCGCAUGUGACAUUCGACCAUUGUUGCUAUGCGGAGCCGCUUGAAACGUUAAAUUUGUUAAUCCGUUUUAUGGAUUCAAUAAAAGUAUACAACUUGUUAAUUUAAAUAUUAUUAUCGUAUAAAAGAUAUGCAAAUAAUCAUAGCAGAAAGUAAUUUGUUAUCAUAAAACCUGCAAGUAUUCGUUCGCUCCUUAUUAGUUAGAAAUUACAGUUACAACUGUUAACAUGCUUUCUUUGCAAGGCAUGGACGUGAGUUUAUUUUUCCUCACUAAUUUAUUAGAUAUGAGAUCCAAAAGAUUAUUUUCUAUUUAUUUGCAAUAAAAGCAUAGAAAAAUGAAAAACAAAGACUAGAAUUAUUGGUGUUAUAUUUAGUAUUAAAACUUAAAAUAAUCAUGUGCAGAUAUAAAAUAAAACCAAUAAAAGCAUAUGUAAUAAUAAAAGUUGA